AUGAACGAAUGCUGCACAACAGGCUUCCGCUGGAACGGCACACCCACCGGCCACGAAGACAAGAUCGGAGACCAACCGGCCUACAUCGCCGGCGACAACAACAAGCGAGCCAUCCUAAUGCUGCACGACGUCUUCGGCUGGACAUGGAACAACACCAGACUACUCGCCGACCACUACGCGAAAGAAGUAGGCGCCACCGUCUACCUGCCCGAUUUCUUCGGUGGAUGGACUGCCAAAGAAGGCGAUGCGUGGAUGAAGCUUGAGAAUGGCAAAGUCUCGAUGGAGACGAAUCCGGACGUCGACUGGCCGGCUUUCUUUGCGAAGAACGCACCUGAAGUCCGCCUACCAGAAGUCGUUGCAUGUGCUCGCACGCUUCGGGAGAAGUAUGACUUUGUGGGUGCUGUUGGUUUUUGCUGGGGUGGCUCCGUUGGUUUCAAGCUCGCUGGCAAAGAACAGAAUGGCCUGUUGGACUGCAUCACGAUUGCUCACCCAGGCACACCUUCAGAAGAGGAUGUUCGUGGCCUCUCUAUACCGACCCAGAUCAUUGCGCCAGAGCACGAUCCCACCUUCACGCCUGAGGCGAAGGAGAUGUGCAAUCGAAUCAUUCCGACGUUGGGCAUCGAGUAUGUCUACAACUACUUCCCUGGAGUUGUGCACGGUUUCUGUACGAAGAGUGAUCUUGGUACUGAACAGGAGAAGAAGUCGUUGGAGAGGGCAAAGGCGGCGGUGGAGUAUUGGUUUCUGGCUCAUAUGGGAUGA